GCCUUACACUGUUCCAAACUCGUGUCUUUCCAAGUACAGGACCUUAAGUACUGAAGGAAUGAAACUCCUGUGCCACUGCCGAUUAGACCGUUUGUUCGAAUUAGUGGGCUUACUGGUGAACAACUUUGAUCGAAAAUUUAUCUUGUGAUGGUGAAGGAAACUGCCUAUUACGACCUUUUGGGUGUAAAACCCAAUGCGUCAACCGAGGAGAUCAAAAAGGCCUAUCGAAAGCUGGCACUGAAAUAUCAUCCAGACAGAAAUCCCAGCGAAGGGGAUAAAUUCAAACACAUAACUCAAGCUUAUGAGGCACUAGUGGACCCUAGCAAACGAAAGCUCUAUGACCAUGGGGGUGAGCAAGCACUGAAAGAAGGCAGAGGAAAUGGUUCUUGUUAUAGAUCCCCAAUGGACAUUUUUGACCUAUUCUUUGGAGGUAGAGAUGGGAUGCCCGGCCGUACCGAAAGAAAGGGGAAAACUGUCGUGCACAAACUUUCAGUGUCUCUGGAAGAUUUGUAUAAUGGAAGCAUGCGUAAGCUUGCACUGGAAAAAACAAUAGUCUGUGAUAAAUGCAAAGGGCGUGGAGGUAGGGAAGGUGCAAUAGGACUUUGCCCUAAUUGCCACGGUAGUGGAAUGGAAGUACAUGUCCAGCAGCUAGGACCUGGAAUUAUUCAGCAGAUCCAGACUGUUUGUUCAGAAUGCAGAGGCCAGGGAGAGUGGCUACAUCCUCGUGAUCGUUGUAGGAAUUGUAGUGGAAAGAAGACUGUCAGAGUGAAAAAGAUCUUGGAAGUUCACAUUGACAAGGGAAUGAAGGACGGUCAGAAAAUAACAUUUUAUGGAGAAGGAGACCAGGCGCCAGGGAUAGAUCCUGGUGACAUAGUGAUUGUUUUGGAUCAGAAGGAGCAUCCUUUCUUUCAGCGGAAUGGAAAUGACUUGUUAAUGAAAAUGGAGAUUGACUUGGUUGAUGCUCUUUGUGGGUGUCGACAAACUGUCUCAACACUUGAUGGCAGGACCCUGUUGGUCAUGUCAAGUCCAGGUGAAGUUAUCCAGCCAGGAGAUAUAAAGUGUGUGCCGAACGAGGGAAUGCCUAUUUAUCGUGAUCCUUUUGAAAAAGGGCAGCUUAUCAUUCAGUUUCAGGUACGUUUCCCAGCAUCUGGCUGGCUUCCUCAGCAUAAGCUGAGUGAACUCAGGACCCUUUUCCCACCCACUGAUGAACCAGUGGUCACUGAGGACAUGGAGGAAGUUAAUCUAGUUAAAUUUGAUCAUACAACAGAAAACCGGCAUCACUAUGGCAAACAAGUUUAUGAAGAGGAUGAAUACUUAGAGCCACGUCAGCAUGUUCAGUGCAAUACCUCUUAAGUACAAAGUUUACAGAAACACUGUGCCGUGUGUUAUUAUGCGACUGGAGAAAUGCACCUUAAGAUGCAGGAGUUCUGCCACCACAAGCAGAGAGUGGAUUUUCUGUGAAAGUGAACAUUUUUGUCUGUAAUAAAGGAUGCAGCUGCGAACAACCAGAUGUGCAACUGUUGAAAUUCCUGAAUCAUUGUUGCAAGGGAAAGACUAGGACUAAAGUAGUCAAGUUUUUGUCUGCUUUCUCAAAACUCCAAGUGGGCAGUUGUAACAAUUGUAUGGAAUGCGAGUUGUAAUGGAGUCGCAUUGCCUAGCAAGUCAAGCUGAUUUUCAUGUAGUGGUGGUAUUGUAAACCUCCCUUUGUGAAGGGCGACAUGUGGAGGAGAGGAACAAAUACAGUUCUAUGUAUUCUGUCUCCUCCUUUAGCAUUUUUCUCAACUGAAUAUAGAUGUGAAAAAUUUACAUUUGGAUGGUUGAUAUGGACCCAAAGUGCUUUGUGAUGUCUUCAAUUCACUGCACAAAUAGAAUUUUCUUUAGGCUGAAUGUUGCAUUUUUUUUGUGCCUCAUUGAAAAAUUACUUGCAAAAUAAUGGCAGCUGUUAAGUCACUUAUGCAAACAGUAGUAGGUCACAAGCCCUGUUAGGUGAACCUGGUAUUGAGCGAGUCAGUUUUACUGGCUUGAUUAGGAAUGGCAUCCUUCUCUAUUGAGAACAGGGCAUGUUUUAGGAUCAGAAAAAGUAAACUAAGCUACUCAAGUGUGGGAGAAUGGAGUAGAUGAAUUAUGAGUUAUGAGCAUGCAUACCUUCCUUAAGGAAAGUUUAACAUGCAGUUGGUUGGAUUUGUUGGAAUGGGUGGGGGGACUAAAACAUACCUGAAAAAGGUCCCUGGACCAGCCCACCACCUAGCUCUAAAAUAAAAUAACGAGUCUGGGCAACAAGCCGAGGAACUGAUCAUCUUUCCCAGGCAAGGCGUGGAGACUCUAAAUGUACCAUUUACUUGGUUGCCAUAUGUGUAGGCUUAGGAGGGAGAGGAGAUUGUACCAUAGAUAGUUAAUGCCUAACUAGGCAGCUGCUCUAAAACUUUAGAGGCAACAACUCUUCAGAGUGUAAAAGGUGGAGAACAGGUUAAUAUUCUGCACAAUAGUCACCCUUCAUUUUCCAUUUUUGGGGACUCUGCUAGGGCACUAAAGAAUAAAAAUAGUGCAGGACAGCUUUUGUGAAAAAAUUACGCUGUUACUUUUGAAAGGCUUUUAGUGCCCCCCCCCCCCCGUACUUAUAAUUGAUUAUUGCUCCCCAAUCUUUUGCCCCUUUGUGAUCAAGAAAGAGUAAGAAAAUCUAGGGUCAGUGACUAUCUUGGUAGUUUUAUUUGCUUUGGCCUAAAGUUGACUUAUUUCCCCAUGAACAGUUCUGUAGUACUAGUUUGGUUUGAUACACACCUGCAAGCGUUUACUCUCUUGUAAUGUGUUGCUAACACCCCUCAAAUAAAAUCUGGGAUAAAGAUUAUUUCUACCUGAGGAUGUUGGCCAAGCUUGUGGGGGGGGGGGUUCACAAAUCCUGCAUUCCUUUUCCGACAGGAGAACUAGCUAGUACCAAGGUUCCCAUUCUCUCCACACCUCCCCUUCCAUGGCCUGUCACUGCUAUUAAAACUUUGCUAAAUAAAUUGGAGUUGUCAGCACUGCCAAUAAGUUGCGCUGCACUGUUGGGCUGACAAAUUGACUUUCAUGAAGUGUAUUUAGCAUCAGAUUGCUGCCUUUUUGGACAUCAAUUGAAGUAUUUUUCUGAAUUUGAAGUAAGUAGUAUGUAUUGUGUAGUGUUUUAGUGGUGAACAAGUUUGAUUCGUUUGCUAAUGAGUAGCUGAUUUAAAUUUUAAGAGCAGUCUUAUUCUGUGUUGUAAGGCUGUUAUGUAAAUGCUGUAAAUAAAAAUGUUUUUUGAACAAA